AGGUAAGCAGGAGCCAAAUAGAACGGGCUAUUCUCUCUUUCUCUUUUCCCUGCUUCCUUGUUCAUACAUAGCAAUUGUAUACACCAUUCUACAUAAUCACCAGCACCAGUAUAUCAUAUCUCCCCCACUAUGGUUACCAACGUCCACCGUCGACUGAGUGCCUUAUCACUCAAAUAUGCUUUUGACGAACAGCGCUCUUUUCUAUCUCGCGGAUUCCAGAAGAUUUUCGUACAACAACCUCCCAAAUGCAUUAGCAAUGACAACACCACAAGCACAAGCACAAGCAGCAGCAGUAGCAGCAGUAGCAACAACGAUGAUAUAUCCUCUUACUCAUCUGAAGACGACCAGUUCUCCCCUUCCGCUUCGCUUACACCCUCCACUUCAUCUUACUCUGUGCCAUCAUUUUCAGACGAUUGCUGUGAUAUCAGCACCGUUGCUACUACAGCUAGUACUACGGAUGCCAUUCUUUGUAUGGGCGUUGUCUUUGUUUGGUUACACAUUCAAUUACAGCUCGCCAUUCUACUACAAAGACCCUCAGCAGUUACUACGCCGUUGCCAUUGACAACAACAACCACUGUCACCAAGAGCCAGUUAUUCAACCCAAAGCCAUUGUUGCCAUCGCGAUCCCCGGGGCCAGAUAUGCCACCCGUCGCUGACCUUGUGAGAAGCCAAGUCAGUCUCGAGACGGCCGCCCUUUGGACACAGCACGAACACUUGCCUCAGUGCCCCUCCUCGUCGCGUCGUCGUCGCCAACUAUGCAGUAACAAUCACUAUGCAAGUACUAUCGACAACGACGACAACGACGAUAAUCAUCAAGCAGCAGCAGUGCGAAGCCUCGCUCAAGAUGUGCUGGCAUACCUUGAAGAGUUCUCUGGAGACGUGGCACCCGAGUUGGAGGCACUAAAGCCCCAGCUCGAGACCUAUGUUGCCCUGUAAAUACCAUAAACUGCUUCUUCUUCUUCGUCUUGUUCCUGUACUUGCUCUCCCUCCCUUAAACUCUCCCCAUGCUUCCUUGCUUUUCAUUUUCACUGCACACACACACACACACAAUUUUGCUUCUCUACUUCACUGCACAUAUUUUUUGUUUAUUUUUUUUUCA